AAACUAAAAAUGUAGUGCAAGUACCCUAAAACAUUUUUUAAAUUGCUUUUUAUUUAAAGAUUUUCAAAAUCACAGAUAAUAUUUUGAUUUAUAAUGCUUAUUGAUACAGACUCACAAAAAAAGAAAUGGCGUGGGUGGGGAAAAGAGUAUUUUAUAUCAGAAACAUCUUACAGAAUGAGGGUUACUACCUGUCUCCUUGCGUCUGGCAGGAAUGGACCUCACAUUAAAAUUUCUACAUAGAGCACAUAAGAUUUAAAAAUUGACACAUUAAAAAACCUUUGAUAGAUCUGAAUGUUUACAUAAAUAAUGAUUCUCUGCUGUUUUUAAUGUCAUGGUAAAAAGUGGGCUAAAGUUGUGAUUAUAUAUACAUGUUUAUGAAUGUGACUAAGACUGUCAACACAGCAAAGACCUACAAAAUAAUCUUAUACUUGUUAGCGAUUUUUGUUUCUUUGAAAACAGAAAUUCUAAAAAUUACUUAAUGGAAUAUCUGAUGUUUGGAGGAUGAUAUUAGAAGUGAGUCGGUUUUGGAGGCCUCAGCCCCACAUCAGACUCAUCAGAUGGGUCCCUGCCAUGGGCAUCUCUUUCCCUGGACCUGCACCUCUGCCUUUGUUCCUUCCUAAGCUCAGAACACUGAUAUUUGCAUUUACUGAGGAACAGAAGAUGAAAAAGAAUCAGGAUAUUCACUGAGGAUUAAAUCUGCUUGAUGCUGCACACCUGUGUGUUAAGGACUUCUGCUGCUUCUUGCUUAGAAGUUGAUUAUCUCUGUGGUCAAACAGCAUUGGAGUUCGCCUCUUAUCUUGUCAUUGCCAGAAGAAAUCCUGGUCAGAAUGGAACAGUACAUGACUUUUUAAUUACUAUGGAAGAUGAUAAACUGACACUCAUUUAUUAAAGUUAUCUCUCUCUCACCCACAGAAAACCAUUCUUUAAAGUGAAUAGAAACCUAGCCCUUGUGAACACUUCUAUGAACAUGACUCAUGGAGAAGAGCUUGGCUCUGAUGUGCACCAGGAUUCUAUUGUUUUAACUUACCUAGAAGGAUUACUAAUGCAUCAGGCAGCAGAAGGGUCAGGUACUGCCGUCGACAAAAAGUCUGCUGAGCGCAAUGAAGAAGAUCAGAACUUUAACAUUGCUGGUAAUGCAUAUCCUGCCUGUCACAGCAAUGGUCCAGUUCUCAAUACACAUACAUAUCAGGGAUCUAGCAUGCUGCAUCUCAAAAAAGCCCGACUGUUGCAGUCUUCUGAGGACUGGAAUGCAGCAAAGCGGAAAAGGCUGUCUGAUUCCAUUGUAAAUUUAAACGUAAAGAAGGAAGCUUUGCUAGCUGGCAUGGUCGACAAUGUACCUAAAGGCAAACAGGAUAGCACAUUACUAGCCUCUUUGCUUCAGUCAUUCAGCUCUAGGCUGCAGACUGUUGCUCUGUCACAACAAAUUAGGCAGAGCCUCAAGGAGCAGGGAUAUGCCCUCAGUCAUGAUUCUUUAAAAGUAGAGAAAGAUUUAAGGUGCUAUGGUGUUGCAUCAAGUCACUUAAAAACUUUGUUGAAGAAAAGUAAAGCUAAAGAUCAAAAGCCCGAUACCAAUCUCCCUGACGUAACUAAAAGCCUCAUCAGAGACAGGUUUGUGGAGUCACCUCAUCAUGUUGGACAAAGUGGAGCAAAGGUCAUGAGUGAACCCUUAUCCUGUGCUGCAAGAUUACAGGCUGUUGCAAGCAUGGUGGAAAAAAGGGCUAGUCCUGCCACUUCACCCAAACCUAGUGUUGCUUGUAGUCAGUUAGCAUUACUCCUUUCAAGCGAAGCCCAUUUACAGCAGUAUUCUCGGGAACAUGCUUUAAAAACACAAAAUGCAAAUCAAGUGGCAAGUGAAAGACUUGCUGCUAUGGCCAGGUUACAAGAAAAUGGCCAGAAGGAUGUCAGCAGUUUGCAGUUCUCAAAAGGAAUGUCAGGCCAUCUUAAUGGUCAAGCAAGAACAUCAUCAAACAAACUAAUGGCUAGCAAAAGUACAUUUCAAAAUCCAAUGGGUACUGUUCCUUCUUCCCCCAAAAAUGCAAGCUAUAAGAACUCACAGGAAAGAAACAACAUAAAACAAGCUGCUAGCAAUAGCUUGCUUUUACAUCUUCUUAAAAGCCAGACCAUACCCAAGCCAGUGAAUGGACACAGUCACAGUGAGAGAGGAAGCAUAUUUGAGGAUAGUAGUACACCUACAACUAUGGAUGAAUAUUCGGAUAACAACCCUAGUUUCACAGAUGAUAGCAGUGGCGAUGAAAGUUCUUAUUCCAACUGUGUUCCCAUAGACUUGUCUUGCAAACACAGAAUUGAAAAACCAGAACCUGACCAGCCUGUUUCUCUGGAUAACUUAACUCAGUCCUUGCUGAACACUUGGGACCCAAAAGUCCCGGACAUAGAUAUCAAAGAAGAUCAAGAUACCUCAAAGAAUUCUAAGCUAAAUUCACACCAGAAAGUAACACUUCUUCAAUUGCUACUUGGCCAUAAGAAUGAAGAAAAUGUAGAAAGAAACAGCAGCCCUCAGGAAGUACAGAGUGAUGUGACAAAGUUCAGUAAACAGGCUUAUGCGAGGACGUCUGUAAUAGAAAGCCCCAGUACACAUAGGACUACUCCAGUGAGCACUCCUCCAUUACUUGCACCCACCAAAGCAGAGUCUCCCAUCAAUCUUUCCCAGCACUCUCUGGUCAUCAAAUGGAAUUCCUCACCCUAUGCCUGCAGCACUCAGUCCGAAAAGCCAACAAAUACCGCAUCUAACCACUUGAUGGACCUCACAAAAAGCAAAGAAUCACAAGAAGAGAAACCAGUCCAAAAUGAAAGUGCACAAAACUCGGCGACUUUCAGUGCAAGUAAACUGUUACAGAAUUUAGCGCAGUGCGGGAUGCAGUCUUCCACGUCAGGGGAAGAGCAGAGACCUAGUAAACAGCUCAGCGUGAAUACAGAUAAACCCACUGCUAUGAUUGAUAGAUUCAGUAGCCCUCUGCUCUCAAAUAAAACAAAUGCAGUUGAAGAAAAUAAAGCCUUCAGUUGUCAAGCAACAGGUUCUGAACCAAGACUUUCUGGUUCUGAAAUAGAAAACCUUCUUGAAAGGCGCACUGUUCUUCAGUUGCUCCUGGGAAACCCCAACAAGGGGAAGGGUGAAAAAAAAGAGAAAACUCCUUUAAGAGAUGAAAGUGCUCAGGAACAUGCAGACAGAGCUUUAAGUGAACAAAUAUUGAUGGUAAAGAUAAAAUCUGAGCCUUGCGAUGACUUACAUGUUCAUAAUACAAAUGUGCACUUGAGCCAUGAUGCUAAGGGUGCCCCAUUCUUAGGCAUGGCUCCUCCCAUGCAGAGAAGCACAGCUGCCUUACCAGCUUCCGAGGACUUUAAAUCGGAGCCCAUUUCACCUCAGGAUUUUUCUUUCUCAAAGAAUGGUCUGUUAAGUCGAUUGCUGAGACAAAAUCAAGAGAGUUACCCAGCAGAUGAUCUGGACAGUGGUCACAGGAACAGUGAGCUGACACUUUUAGAAUCUAAGAAUCUUUGCAUGGUCCCCAAAAAAAGGAAGCUUUACACUGAGCCAUUAGAAAACUCAUUUAAAAAGAUGAAAAAUAACAGUGGCCCAGAGGUACUGUAUGGGUCCUUGGUUAGCCAGCAAGAGCUGAAAUUUAGCAGAAAUGAUCUAGAAUUUAAAUACCCUGCCAGUCAUGGUUCAGCCAGUGAGAAUGAACAUAGGAGUUGGGCUAGAGAGAGCAAAAGCUUCAAUGUUCUGAAACAGCUGCUUCUCUCCGAAAAUUGUGUUAGAGAUUUGUCCCAGCACCGGAGUAACUCUGUCAUCGAGAAUAAAAAGAAAGGACACAAAAACAAUGUGACCAAUAGCAAACCUGACUUGAACAUUUCUCCUGUAAAUGGACUGAUGUACAGUUCUGCUCAGCCCAACUGUUGCGUGGAUAACAGGACAUUUCCAUACCCAGGAGUAGUAAAAACUCCCAUGAGUCCUCCUUUUCCUGAGCACUUGGGCUGUGCAGCGUCUAGACCGGAGUCCGGGCUUUUGAAUGGGUGUUCCGUGCCCAGUGACAAGGGACCCAUUAAGUGGGUUAUUGCAGAUGUGGAUAAGAGUGAGUAUGAAAAAGACUCUCCGAGACUAACCAAAACUAACCCAAUACUGUAUUACAUGCUCCAGAAAGGAGGCAAUUCUAUUACCAGUCGAGAGACACAGGACAGAGACAUUUGGAGGGAGCCUUCGUCUGUUGAAAGUGUCCCACAGGUUACAGUCAAAGAAGAGUUACUUCCUACUGCAGAAACUAAAGCUUCUUUCUUCAAUUUAAGAAGCCCUUAUAAUAGCCAUAUGGGAAAUAAUGCCUCUUGCCCACACAGCACAAAUGGAGAAGUUUAUGGACUUCUGGGAAGUAUGCUAACAAUAAAAAAAGAAUCAGAAUAAAAUUUACCUGAUAUCAGCUUUGGAUUUUUAAAAACUAAGUAGUAUGAACUUGAGAUCUGUAUAAAUAAGAGCAUGAUUUGAGAAAAGCAUGGUAUAACAAACUUUUUUCAUUUUGAAAAGUAUUGGUUACUGGUGAUGUUUAAAUUUGCAUACUGCUUUUUGCUUUAUGUUAGAUGUCAUGAGGAAACAACUGAACUAGCAAUUGGUUGUUUAACACUUCUGUAUGCAUCAGAUGACAACUGUGAGUAGCCUAUCAAUGAAAUUCUUUAAAAUCACAGACAAUAGACAUAAAUUAAAAUGUAAAUUUCCAUCCAUAGUGGAUAAAUUUAUUUUGCUGCCUGUAUGAGGGUACUUUAUUUUGCUUUCAGAAGUCAGGCUACAUAACAUUUUCUUUUCAGCCCAAACUGUUAAAUAACUCUUUAAAGGAUAAUUAUUGAAUAAAAAACCUAGUGCUGAUUCACUUGUCAUUAUCAAUUCAAAAGUAAAUUAGAAAAAAAUAUGCUUACAUUUUUCACUUUUGCUAAAAACAGACAAACAAAAAUUUAUUUUUAACUCUUGGAAAGGAUUUUGUGGUUCCCAGUGUGUCUUCCCCACCCCGGUUCUUUGCAAUAUAUAUUUCUUUAAACCUUGUACUACUUGUACUACUUAGUAAAAAUAACAAUUGAUUGAAGUUUGAUAGAUCCUUCAAAAAAGGGGGGCAGAUUUUCAUUUUUGUAUUUUAACUACUUUAUUAAAUUAAUAUUCCUCCUUUUACAGAAUUUGGAAAGUUAACAUUUAUCUUCAGGUGGUUUCCUGAAUAGCUGAAAAUUUAAGAAGUUGUUUUUAACAGAAGCAAAAUGGCUUUUCUUUGGGCAGUUUCACCAUCUCUGGUCCCUGUGAGUCUUAUGGCCAGAGUUUCUUAAAGCUAGACUCAGGCCACCUGUAUGAGAACCAUCUGGAGUCUUUAUUUUAAAAUGCGCAUUCCUAGGCAGCACCUCAGUGCUACAGAACAAGAAUCUCUGCUAAGUGAACCUGCGAGUCUUCCAUCUGCAUCUGAACGCAUUUAGGAAGAAACCCUCUAGGUGUUUCUUCUACACACUGAAGUUUGACAACCAUUGCUUACAACUUUUCACAGAACACAGGACUAUAAAAAAAGAAAAGAAAACCAUUUGAUGCCUGUAUUUUCCCCAGUACAGUCACACAUUAACUAAAUAUUUGCAAUAUUGUAGUUUGUAUAUUAUCGUUAUAUCUUUGGAAAUCGGGUUCAGAGCACUUUUUAUGACAAAAAAAAAUGGGUAGAGGGGAAACUUUCAUAUCUGGCUCAACAACUCAGGAAAAUCUGUGAUUUAUGUGUUCUAACGAGUAACAUCUACUUAAUUAGCCUUAGGGAAUGGAAUAACAGGGCCACUUACCAAACUCAGGUGAUUUUAGGAUGGUUUAGAAACUUCUCCUGAAUACAUCCUUAACUUCUAUUAAAAUCAUUAUCCUAAGAACAGUGUUGACAAACAUGGAAACAUUUAUUUCAAACCCAAGAAAGGCACUAAACUCAGAUCAACUAAAAAGAAAAGUGCAAAGGGCACAUAUACAUGACAGAACAGAAUUCUACACAGUCACCGCACUGAUGUGCUUUACAGUAGUGGUUAAGAGUAAGCAUUGAUGUUGUCUUGGAAGAAUGUAAUACAUUAUUGAGCCACGUGGGGUUUCGAUCUUGAAACAAGUCCGUGUUUUUAAGUUCAGUUUCCACAAUCCACAGUUCUUUCACCAGAUGUUUUUGUUUUAAUUGUGAACAGGUUAACAACUGACCUAUCCAAAAUUUUGUUAUAUAAUCAACUCUUAAUUAGAAGGAAUCCUCUUUGAAGUUGUUCUACUUGAAGUUGUUUCUAAGAUUUUUAUAUUAAAACUAGGUGGUAUUUCCUAAUGUGAUCUAAAACCCUAAAUGAUUAUUUUUUUCUCAAAAUGAUUUGUAAAUAGUUACUGAACAUAUUAUGAAAUAAUAGGAGUGAAUAUUACGCUACAUCAUGGGGAGAGGAAGUCAUGCUUAUUUUGAAAUGAAAAUCCCACCGGCCAGUGCGCUGUUCUGCUUCAUCCCAUACUGACGCCGUGGCAAUCAUUGUCUACACUGUUUCAAUAAGCUUUUAAACAAGUCCUUUUUUUCUGCCAUUGUGAAAUCUGGAGCCUUGGAGGUACGCUAGGGGAAAAAAUGGGCUUUUAAAAGAGCAUGAAAUUUAGGUCAGGGAAAAGAACAUCAAGGGCCAGCAUUGCUGUUAUUUUGUGUGUGUGUUUCUUUGGUUGGUUAGUUGUUUCUGUUGUUAACAGUUAAAGGAAUGAGGAUAUUUAAUACAUGAACACGACCACACAGAGUGCUGUUCUAAUUUAUUGGAGAAUGUCCCCAAUUUGAGUUGAGGAUAAUUUUAAAGAAGAGCAGUGGGAAAAGGCAUAUACCCAUAAAUUCACUUUGUUUAUGCCUAUGUAGGUACAGGGGUACACAUAUACACAUUUUCAAGGACUAUUUUAGAUACCUAGACAAUUUCCUGAUGAAGUCAUUUGUGAAAGGUACUACAGCUCUCAUUGACAUCAGUAAGGUAGCAUUACCUGUUUAUUCUCUGCUGCAUCCUACAGAGGAGUAAACUGGUGAGAGUAUAUAUUUUAUAUAUAUAUAUAUAACAUGUAUAUAUAUAUUGACUUGUUACAUGAAGAUGUUAAAAUCGGUUUUUAAAGGUGAUGUAAAUAGUGAUUUCCUUAAUGAGAAAUACGUAUUUUGUAUUGUUCUAAUGCAACUGAAAAGACUUUUAAUCUCUUUGCUUUCUGUAUAUUCCAUGUAUAAGUGUAAAUAUAAUCAGACAGGUUUAAAAUUUGUGCAUGUAUGUAUACAGUUGCAAGUCUGGACAAAUGUAUAGAAUAAACCUUUUAUUUAAGUUGUGAUUACCUGCUGCAUGAAAAGUGCAUGGGGGACCCUGUGCAUCUGUGCAUUUGGCAAAAUGUCUUCAGUCAAAUCAGAUGUUCAUCCCAACAUGGCAGUAUUCCAUUUCUGGACAUGACUUCUGUGGUUUAAAUUUGUGAAAGAAUGUGCUUUGAAUCCAAGGGUCUUAAAACUUUUUAAAAUCAAGUCAACCACUUUUCAACAUAAAGAGUUCACACAACUACUUUCAUGAAUUUUUUAAUCCCAUUGGAGCAUUAUACCAGGAGUGUUCCAGUGCUGGAAUACAGGCUCAUUACCAUUCAUGGUAUGAAUUCUGGGGUUUACACAACCAAUUUUGAUGCGCUCUCAGUAUAUAAUUUGUCAUUUUUAUUAGAAACUUAAUUUCUUCAUGUGAUGUCAUGAAACUGUACAUACUGCAGUGUGAAUUUUUUGUUUUGUUUUUUAAUCUUUUAGUGUUUACCUCCUGCAGUGAAUUUGAAUAAAUGAGAAAAAUGCAUUA